GCCGGUAACCAUGGUAACCAGGUAACAAGGACAAGAAGCUGCUGGUUUCCGUGUCAUUUCGCAUUUUUAAAAGAAGACUCGAAUGUCCCAGAAAGCGCUGAAAGUCUGGACUGAAGUCAAACUCGGAGCGGUUUCUUGUCCCGGAGUUCGUCUGUCAGCCAAAAAUGACAUUUUCCUCAGCAUGUUCUUCAUGGAUCAGCUCCAUCAGUCCGAGAGUCUUCCUGCCGUCUUUCCUCUGCUGUUCCACCAGAAGAUGACGUUUGAAAAGAUCUUCAGGCAUGCAGCUGAUCCAAAAGACAUCGCUCUGCUGCUCGAGAAUGAAACUGUCAGGAUAGAACUGGUGCAGCUGAUUCCUCCAGCUGGAGACACCCUGGCUUUCUAUGAAGAAGACGCUCGAAGUUUCUUGUUUCCAGAGCCCAAACUUGUUCCCCCGUUCUCCGGAUUGGGUCGAGAGGUUCUGAUGACGAGAGCUGCUCACUUCCGUGGUAUUGCUCCUCGGCUGGAGUUUUCCACAAAGACAGCCAUCACUGAAUGCCCAGCGGAUACAGAGGUCACGGUUUACCCAACUGCUCCACUUAGGGCCGUGUUUAGAAGGAGCAGGAGUUUCUUCAGGACAUCUAGAUCCGGCCCUCCUGAGGUUGCUGGUGGAUGGAGAGAGGACCCAAUGGUCAGAGAGAGACCCUGCACCUCGCCUCCCUCAUACGUACCCAGAUCGCAGUCUCUGUCUCCACUGAGAGCUGGAAACACUCGCUGGGAAACCUCUCCAUCUGCGGCGUCCGCAUGGCCGGCAGCCGGCCGUUCUGCCUCGCCCGAAUGUUCCGCAUUGUUUACCAGCCUCUCUUCUUCACCUUUGCCCAGGUCUCCCUCCACAGCUGACUUUGUAGUGAACCGUUCCUCUGGCACCAGAGGGAGACUUUUCCUCAGAGGCUUGCAGGUGAGAAAAACAUCCGAGUUGGAUUCCAGUUAUUUAGAAGCACAAGAGCCCUUUGGCUGCCCUGGUGGUCCCGUCCUCCCAACACUACAGCCAUCCUGCAGGGAACCGCCCCGUUACGGCAGUUCUCACCGAACAUGGGAGGAGCUCAAUGAGCAAGUUCGAAGUCUUCUAUCAACACCAAAAGCUGUACGUCGACUUGUCUUUGGGGCCACAGGGGCUGAGAUAGAUGAAGUUUUAGCAAGGAGGUCAAUUUCUCCUGGUCCACUCUGAUACCUGAUCAGUCCGGAGAGGUUGGAUGGUGCCGCUUUGUCGCUGAAAGAAGACAACUGCCUCCUUCAUUAAACUCUUCAACCUCUGCUGGUGUUUACAUGCAUUUUAGAUUACAUAUCCACUAUUAGUAGUGGUUUGAGAAAUGACACCACAGAAAUAAUGUGUUUUAUUUUGGAAAUAAAGUCAUCUGUACUGAACCUCUGAGCUCAGAGGCUUAGUUUUACCAUCUUUCAAGCUGACAUUGUGGAGUCCUCGGCUAAAUCAACCACAGACCAUUAAAAGCAAAUUGGCUCCGUGGCAGCGGUGCUUAAUGUGAGCUACUGCAGGAUAUUACAAAAAUGGCUGAUAGUUCUAAUGGUGAAGCAAUAAACUUUAGCUGUAUGAGGAAAAUUAGGAUCUGUUGGAGAACACGUCUCGCAUCCUUGCUCUGUUUGGUUGUAUCAUUCAGCUUAAAUAAAGAAAGAUGAAGCCUUGA